CUCGCUGCCUAUUGGCUACACGCACGUAAACGUACAUAUGACGUUAUUUUGAAAUUUCAGCGGUGAAGCUUUUUUUGUGUGUGGGAGCUGCUCCGCUGCAAUUCCAAAAUAGUGAAACCUCAGUGAAUUAAAAUGUCUUUUUCACGAGCCCCAUUGAAGAGGUUCAACGAGGACGUAGGUUGUGCCCCUCCACCGGGGUCCUAUGAGAUCAAACCUGGGGACCUGAAGGGAGCUGCUUCCUUUGACAAAUCUGAUCGAUUCAGACUUGUCAAGGCAGCCGCUAUGCCACCACCAUCGCCCUCCAGAAGUUUCAUGGUGUCACCUGUCCGUAGGACUAUGUCGGUCGACGGUCUUGUUGAAGGUUCAAGUGUAAAGAAGAAGAAUGCCAUCAUGACCAUGGAAAGGAAGCAGCAACAACUCGUAGAGAAAGAGAUAAGGUCUCUGGUUCAGCAGCGAGGGGAGCAGGACCGCCGCCUGUUGGCUCUGGAAGAGGAGCUGAAGAAGGCUGAGGCCAAGCUGCUGGCUGCAGUCAGGGAGAAGACGGGUCUGGCUGCCAAUGUCACCACCCUGGACAGACAGCGGGCUGAGCUCAAGAAAGUCAACGAGUUCCUAAAAAACAAGGUGUGCUUUCUUUAG